AACAAGUGAACCGCGGAGCUGUUAAUAUCGGAGAGAGAGAGAGAGAGAGAGAGAGAGGGAGAGAGAGAUAUAGAGAGAGAGCGGGUUUGCGAUGGUCUCCGCUGAUGUGGCUGCUCGGAUUCAGGCUGACUCCCUGUUGGACCGCUGCUGCUGAAGUGUUAAAGACGAUCUGCCUCUAAAACACCAAUGGAUCCAUUAAAAAUCCUUUGAAGACCGACUUUACUGACAAAGGACUUUUGGAAAGACACGACUAUGGUCAACUGUGACAACGAAAGAAGCCACCAAUGAAGAACAGAUAUCUUUAUCUAUUUUUAUUUUGACACAUUUGUUAGAGAACUUUUUGUAUUAAGUAGAUUAAUGAUGGACGCACCUUCAGCCCCUCAGAUUAUAGUGGAGGGGGCUUGUGUCCUGGAGGAAGCAGAAAGUGGGGAAGACGUGGAUUUGCCUACAGAUGACCAUCUCAUGAACUUGAAGGCCUUGACGGAGAAAUUAAGACUGGAGACCAGGAGACCUUCUUACCUGGAGUGGAAAGCUAGGCUGGAGGCAGAAAGCUUCAGAGAACCAGGAAGUGGGAAAGGCCCGAUCCAAGUGGAGCCUGAAGGGAAAGAGACUGUAGUGAACUCUGGUGUGUUUCAGUGCAAGUUGCCAUCAGGUGUACUGAAGGGAUUUGGGAACAUCGAUGAAGCUCUCAGCUGGCUGAGGAGAGAACUGACAGACAUGCGCUUACAGGACCAGCAGCUGGCGAGGCAGCUCAUGCGGCUCCGGAACGACAUCCACAAGCUGAAGAUAGAGCAGACGUGCCACCUGCAUCGCCGGAUGCUGAAUGACGCCACCUUUGGCCUCGAGGAGCGGGACGAGCUGUCGGACCUGCUGUGUGAAUGUCCGGUCACCCCGGGGCUCGGCCUCUCAGCCCCGCUGAGGCUCAUCGGCGUCACCAAGAUGAAUAUUAACUCUCGGCGUUUUUCGCUCUGCUAGUGGCAGCAAUAACCCUUCAGGCAGGAAAUCCUGGAAACAAAACAGCCUGUCUUAUACUAUCUUUGCUCCAUUGCAACAUGCCAGCCAUGGCCAUAUGUUAGAUAGUGUUGUAAUCCUUUGUGCAUUUAGGGCUUGACCACAAUGUUGUGAGGAUGAAUCUUGAUGUAAACCCUGUUUUACAGUCCCUAUAAUCAAAGAGAGAGAUUUAGGCAAUGUAUAUCAUUUAGAAAGAAAAAAAUUGGGUGUAGUAGGUACAUAUAAAGUGCUUUUGCCACUAAACUAUACAUGGCAGCUAUAUACAGAAACCUCUCUGUCUUAAAACCACAGCAGAUUUUAGACCUCUAGGCCAUCAUGACUUGAAACAGAAUACUUUUAAACUAAAAUAUAAAAUAAAGCUCUCCCAAGCUAUUUGCUGGGACUUUCCAAGUUUCUAUCUACAAGCAAAGAUUAAAUAUUUGAAUAUAUUUUUACUGCAUACAUCUGGACAAUUUUGUUACACAUCCUGGAUCUUUAUCAAAAUGUUUUGUGCUUUUAAAAAGAUGCCUUAAUUUUGAUGCAUAUUUGAGUUAGCGAGUAGUAGUAUCAAUUUAGGAAACAUUGCUUUCUUUGUAGAAUAUGAUGGAAAUGAUUUAUUCUGUAUAAUGAUUGUCAAAUUGCACUAGUUGGCUCAAGUCCUUUGCUGAAGUUUGAUUCUUAUAAAUAAGGACGUAUUUUACUCUUGGUUGGAGCUUUGCUCUUUUUAUGCUCUAAUUGUUGAGUUCCAGCCUGAAAGUAACUAUUUGAGAUGAAAUUGUCUGUUUGAAACAAAAACAUGGUUUAGUUUCAUGGAUAAACAUUGAAUUAUAACUCACCUAGAUCUGUGUGUGUACCAAAUGACUUGAUUAUGUGGACCUUGUAAUGAGCCUUAUGUUAUGUUGGCUGUUUUGAUGGGAUAUAUCAUUGGAGAUAACCUUUCCUUACUUAUUUUCUUAUUUGGUUGUGGGGGUUUGCAUUUGAAAUGUGGGUCGCAUAUAGUCCCAAUGCGUAGAGCAUGCAACAGGAAAAGGAGUUUGUGGGUUUAAGAUGCCCCUCCUUGUGGUCCUGACACAAUCUGAACAUAAUCACAUCUGUUAAGCUCACACACACACACACACACACACACACACACACACACACACACACAUACACACAACAUCUAAUUGGUUUGCCACAACAAUGCAGAUUGCCUCUCAUAACAACCACUGAAAUGACAAGGUUAACAUCUGUGUCUACUACUGCUCAGACUGUUCCAACAUUAUAUGAUUAGCUUGUUGUACAAACACAAUACUUUGCCAUUGUCUAUGUUUGCAGCGUUCUCUGAACAGUGAGGCCCAAUGCCAGCUGGCAAGAAAACAACUGCUAUGUCAACUUGAUCUUGUGUUACUAAGCCUAUAAUUGACUGGAACAUACCUUAAAACUGGUUUGGUAAGAUAUGAUACCUUGAAUGGGUUAUUGUUAGUGCUUUUCACAAAUGUACUGGAAAUAAACACUCAAUCAAGAA